AUGACAUCCCGUCUAGAUCAAAUAUUCUCGUUUGUCAAUGAGAUAGAACUACGAACAAACAGAUUGACUUCUGUUGUCAAUGAUUCAAAUGAUUUGAUCAACUCCAUAACAACAUUAAAUGCAAGCACUAUCGAAUUUGACGACACCAUAGAUGAUAUUCGAUUAUUAAUGAAUAAAAAUAAUGAAAGUAUUACUGAGUUCAAAAAUUUACAUGAAAAGGCUUUUUAUUUGGAAUCGAAUUUAUUGCAUAAUGACGAAGUUACUAAUCAACAAUCAUUUGAGCAUAUUACUCAAGAAUAUAUGCAUAUAUUGGGUAAACUUCAGGAAAAUGACAAAUACAACACUGAAGAUCAAGCAUCAAGUAAUACACCACUAAAGGAGGAAACACAGGAAGAAGAGAUCAUACCACAACAACAUUCCUGUUAUAUCUCAGAAGAGCCACAGCCUGAGGAGCAGCCACAGGUGCAAGAACCUUUUUUCAAUCAUUCAAACCCUCCUGACCUCAAAAAGAUGAUUUCUAUAUCUAAUUUGAAAUUAAAGCCAAUGAGGUGUACAUCAGCCACCAGUCCCACUAUCUCCAAGAAAAAGUCACGAUAUCGAUUAUCGAGCAUAUAUAAUAUUAACCCUAUUGCAUACGAAGAAUCAACAAUGGAAACAUCGGUAGCCACUUCAUCCACAUCUUCUGGUGAACACACUAUCACAUCAGAUUCCCAUGAAGUGGAUCACUCAAGAAUGCAAAAUAGUGUAACGUAUUCAUAUGAAACUUUGGAUUCCCAUAUUAUGAAUGGAACAACUGAAUUACAUGGAAACAUGACUCCUGUUAAAAUUUCUCCAGAAGAUACGGAAACACCACUAAAUGAAGUCAAAGCGACAACGAGAGGAAGAUCAAACUCGUUGCCCACAACUUCUACUAAAGAUAAUUCAGUCCCUGAUAACGAUUUCCUCAAAGAAUUUGAUUGUGAAGAUGAUAUUCUACGGUUGAACAGACUAAAGCACUUUAUAAGUGUUAGCAACCUACCUGGGAAACACUAUUAUGACCAUGAUUAUCAAGAUGACACAGGAAGUGAUUACAAUCAUAAAGAUGAUGUUUUCUUUGAUGAAAUAUAUACACAAUCACCAACGCCACAAGCACGACGAAAUAAUAUUAAUGAUGGAAAUUAUGAUGUGGUAUCGAUUGUAUCUGACUUUUCAUAUUAUUCUCCUGAAAAGCAAGAGCAUCAACUGCUGGGAACCGAUAAUGAUGAUAUAUUUGAUUAUAAUGAUUUUAGUGAUUUUUUGAGAAAAUCACGACUAGAUUUGAAUAAAGAUUUACAACAAGCGUUUCCUCAUUUAAUGCCUGCACCUCAAGUCAAAGAGACACAACGAUAUAAGUUUCAUAAUCCAAUUGAAAAACAAUUGACAUCAUCUAUGAUAUCAACGGCAACUCUUGAUGUACAAGCAUCAGCAAUAUUGAACAAUAAAAUUGAUCCCAAUAACAACAAACUUUCCUAUAGACCUGGCGCCACCUCAACAUCAAUAACAAAUAGUGCAUUUGCAUCAUCUUCACCAUCUGCCUCAUCAAUAUUACAUUCGUAUAUGCAAAACCCCAAAACAACCACGCAACAAUCUAAUGAAUCAACCCAUUCAUUUUCAUUUAAUGAUGGAUUUUUCAAACUAUAUCAUUCGAUAUCAGAUACUCCCAAGAAGACUAGCAUAACACCCCCCAAAAUCAAAGAAUUGAAAAAAUCUAAAAUGAUUAAAAGUAAUCCUAUACUGAUACCUAAUGAAGCUCAAUUGAAACGAAUACCACCGUCAAGGACUGAUGGAUCUGUUUCGAAAUUAAUAAUUGGCUCAAAUCAAACAAAAACGAUAAGACAUGGUGAUGGUUCGAUUUUUAAGAAUCCAGUAGCCAAAUCUUAUGAUUAUUCUGCAUUAAGAGAUGCAUUAGCGUCUAGUAUAUUAGAUUAA